AUGGAUACUUUGCCGGCCAAUGUCCGAUACUCCCACUUGACGUGGAACUGCCCACUGUCAGCAUCAUCCGCGAAACACCUGAUCCACAAACUUGAACUCGACGCUGAAAAGACCAUUGUUGAUAUCGGGUGUGGCUGGGGCGAGCUCCUCCUGCGUGCAACCAAGCAAUCAGGUGCUGCAGCUGUCGGUGUCGACACUGAUGCUGAUCUCCUCGCGCGCUGCAAGUCAAGCGCGGACAAGCAAAACGUCACGAUUGAACUCGUCAAUAUGCCAGGCCAGGAGUGGAAAGUUCAGUGCGACCGCGCAAUUUGCAUCGGGUCGUCGCAUGCGUUUGGUGGGACGCGACAGAUGCUCGAGAGCCUGGCCACGAUUGUCCCGCACGGUCGGGUGCUAGUCGGGGACAUGUGCUGGGAGAGGCCGCCGUCGAAAGAGUGCGUGGAGGUGUUUGGGGACGAGGUGCUGUCCCUGAAGAGCAUUGUUGCGCUGUGCAGGGAGACGGGCUGGAAGCUCAUGCAUCUGGAGACGGCGACGCAGCAGGACUGGGAUGCAUUCGAGUCGGGCCAUCGCGCAGGGGCGAGGGAGUGGCUUCUGAAGAAUCCAGAUGACCCAAAGGCCGGAAAGGUAAUGGAGGAUUUGGCGAAAAGAGAAGACUGCUAUUUUGGUACAUACCGAGGACAGUUGGGAUUCGUUUUUGCGAUUCUAAGUUCGGAGGAAGAAACGAGAAGUCCUGUCCUAGCAGGGAAUAAACGCCACCGGCCUAAAUAA